CAUCAGGCCAUUAUUCUAGUGGUUACAUUAUUUUUGAAAGCAUGAUGUAUAACAGGAGAACGGACGAUUUUAUGCUCAACAAUUCUAUUGCAACAACAUCAUCAUCAGCAUUAGUACAAAAGCCAUUUACUGAUGAAGAUACCCAGUUCAUUAUACCUGUUCACUUGGAGGCGGAAAAUACGUCUUGGCUGCUAAUAUUUGUUUUCAUAGCAGCGUUUGGAGUACUUGCAAACAUGACAACAAUCGGAUAUAUUCUCCAUGUGAAACACUUUCAUUAUCCUACCUACAUGGUCAUAGGAGCUCUAGCAAUAGCAGAUAUAGUGUCUCUGUUCCAAUAUCUAUGUCAUCUGAUUCUUGCAAAGACCAACAAAAACUUUGUCGAUAACAAUAGUGACAUUAUAAUGACGACAAUUUAUAUAACAGCACAUGCAUCGGCAUCACAUGUAUUGCUGUUGCUUGGACAGCAAUAUUAUUUGAUAGCUGUGCCUCUUAGAUUAGUGACGAUCAGAAAACGAUAUGUAUUGACAUUAUCAAUUUUAAUGUGGAUUUCCAGUGUGAUGUUUGGAGUUAUUUAUUAUUCUGCAAGAUUUCAUGUUGCCAAAACCAAGAUCGCUAUUGUCGUCCUGAUAUUCAGGGGCUAUCUUGUCCUGGUUCCAUGUAUCUUUAUGUUAGCUUUUCACGUGGCAAAAAUAUAUAAAUUGAGGACGUCUAUUAGUAGAUUCAGAACUAGUCAGUACGUUCGAAGGAUGUCCGCAAUGAUUUUGAUGAUUAUGGCCAUUUACAUUUUUUCUGCUAUCAUAUUCCCUAUUACAUUUUCUUUAAACUUUUUCAAAGUGCUCAGCGAACGUGAAAGCAAAGUGAUUCAAAUUUUUGGACGAGUCGUAUGGUUAUUUAACCUUUCGGUCAACCCCAUCAUUUAUUUCCUUUACAAUCCACAGGUCAGACGCCAUAUGCAUGAACUGUGGUAGUCUGACCUAAAGAUGCGUAGAUCAAGUCAACAUUCACCAUGCAGUUUAUGCGGCAGUACAUUUUAACAACAAAAAUUCUUUUGAAUUGAUAUCUAGACAUUUGUGCAAGAUAUUUUCGUGUGCUAAUCCCCUUUGUAUGAUACGUCUUUAAAAAAAAAACAACAACAACAUUUUCAUUUUUAUUUUUACAUGAACUAAUCUGAAAAUCAAAGAAAAUUAUGCUUGAAAACGCUUAUCUAAAUAUAUUUAUUUAGAAUGAAUGAAUGUGCUACAUUCAUGCAAAACACUGAAGGAACGACUAAAAAGCACACUAAUUGGUAUAGAGGACACACGUGCCUUUGCUCUAUACCAAUUAAUUACAGAAACAAAUGCCUGUGAAAGGGAGCCUUUUAGACACACAUUACUUUUGCAACUGAAAGGAAAAGCUUGAAUUUUAUAACAAUUUUGAUUAAAAAAAAUUGCUUAAGAAAUCAUAUGUUUUGGUAUCACAUUACAUGUGUUUUAUUUCAAAUCCUAAAUCCAAUGACACAAAUUAUCCUUUAGGAGCCCAAACUUUUAUCUAGUUCAGAUAUAUAAAUCAAUACAUUGUACAAGUGGGAAAAAGUCUUUAUUAUUCUGGCAAGAAUAAAAAUAAAUCUCAU